CUACAAGAACACCAACAACAACAGUAACACCAACAACAGCAAGCGCAACCGGCAGGAUGGACGGCUGGCAGCUUUACCGCAGCAAACACACAGACGGAAGCGAAUCGGCGCUAUAGCUCCUCUGCAGAGCUGCAACAAGAAAAGCUGCAAGCUGUAUCACCGCAAGGAGUCCCCUUGAAAGAAUCUCAAGAAGAGACGCGAGAGCUUGUGCCUCGUGCGUUUCGGCGUGACGCCUACCGAUAUCUGCAGGAAGGCAUGCUGCUGCAGCAGCUGCAGCAGCUGCCACACUUUAGUUGGCGCACUUUGCUGCGAGUGGUGCUGCUGCUGCUGCAGCACCCUGAGCAGCUCCGUGAGGCCGAUUUGUUGCUGCUGCCGGCUGCAGCUAAGCGUCUGCAGUUGCAGCAUUUUAGGAUAGUGGAUAUCGCUGCAGCAGUGGCUGCAAGCAUGCCAAGCGCGCGCUUUGCUCCUCUGCAGGAGCAGCAGCUUCAGCAGCUCCUGCAAUCCUUGCAGCUAGUGGAACCUGCGGCCAGGAGCAGCAGCAAGAUGAGCAGCAGCAGCAGCAACAGCAGCGGAACGCCGCUGCUGUCGGAUUUUGUGGCUGCGUUUGAUGACUGGCCAGUGCAGGCGCACUCUUUUCAUCAGCAUGCGCUGCAGCGGUUCUUUUUGGCAGCAGCAAAAAGCAGCAGCAGCAACACCAGUGAUGAUGUGUUGCUGCUGCUAGAUGCCGUGGGUGCGACAGCAGCAAAGGGAGCCUUGAAACGCGUUGAAGUCCAGCAGGAGGCGGCUUUGCUGCUGCUGCUGCUGCUGCAGCGUCUUGUCGCUGCUCGCGCUGCAGAGCAGUGGCCUCUUCUGCCUCCAAAACAAGGCAGCAGCAAAAGCAGCAGCGUGUUAGGCGCUUACAUUGCCCUGAGCAAACUGCCUCGAGUGUGGUCUGUGUGCAGUUCCGUCAUCAAUGCUCCCGCUGACAACGCGGAGUUGCAACUGAAGCCGCUUCUGGAGAUGUUGCUGCAUCAGCAGCGCGAGCAGCAGAUGCAGCAGCCGCUCGAGAAUGACUGCCUGCUGCAGACGCAGCUAGAGGAUCUAGCCGCAGAUUUGGCUUCGCAUGCGGAACACAUUCAGGCACCCGAGCAUUUGUCUGCCCUUCUCGUCGCAGGUGCAGCAGUGCUGCAGCGGCACUCCGAUGUACAGACACCAGGAGCUUGCGGAGUGACUACUGCUGCCACAGAGAAGUUGCUGACACGUCUAAUGCCGCAGCUCGGGCAGGCGUGUGCGCACGCUGCGUCUUCCGAAGAUAAACAGCUCCUGCUGGCUGCUGCUGCUUGCUUGCCGAAUACGUGGCUCCCUGCUGCAUGCUCUGCUGCCCUUUCGCCUGCACAGUCCCAUGGGCAGCUGCAAACGCAGCAGCUCUUGCUGAGUCUGCGUUUAGCCUCCGAAGGAACGGCUGCUGCUGCUGCAAGUGCUGCUGCAAAUGCGGCAAAGCGAGGCCUGUACGGCGCGCUGAGUACACCACGACGGCUCGCACGAAGCACAGCAGUCUAUGCAGAGAGGCUGCUGUCCUCGUUGCACCCUGCGCAUGCAGACUUAGGAGCAGCGGAAGGGGGAGCCGCUGUCGAAACGGCAGCACUUCCCGUUGCUGCUUCUCUGCAGCAGCGAGGACGACGCAUUCAGCAGCAGCGCUGCACAGCCAUCGUGUGCAGUCGUCUCAGCGCACUGCAACGCGUGGCGAGAGAACGUAUAUCGGGAGCUACAGCAGGAGGAGGCAGGGCCGAGGCUCCCCCUCUUCCCGCAUCGGCCCUUGUGCUGCUGCAGCGCACUGCAGCAGCAAGCCCUCUAGCCUCAGGGGAGGCAGCAUGGGCAGCAGACAUCGUGUGCCGCUGCGGAACGUUAGUCGAUGUUGCCGCUGCCUUGCGAAUCCACGCAACGCAAGCCGUUGCAGCUGCGGCUGCUGCUGCCUACCCCCUCCCUGCAGGAGAUGCAGAAACUGCUGAAUCAGAUGAGGGCGGGAGUGUCACCUGUCUCUUGGAAUACCAAGAGCAGCGCCAGCAGGGUAGCAGCUACUUAGCGUUUGGAGAUGUUGGCUUCCAAAUGCACGAAGCGUGCGCAGACAAUUCAGCUUUCACAAAACAACCUUACCCCACCACCUAA